UUGUUUUGAUGCGACUGCAACAGUUUCUCGGUUACUCGGCCGAUGAAAAGUGGGGCCGGUUUUGCUUGCGGUGUUUUUGUUGUUUACUCUUCCGCGGUUUGGAUACAACACAUCUCGACCCUCGUGGAUUGUCAUCCCUCGAUAGAGCACCGUUGUCGUGAACGUGCAAAACACAUCCGAGAACCGUUGAGAAAACUGUGUAUUGUUAACAUAACCUCGAAACUGCGCCUCCUCGCGCUGGAAAGCUGGACCGCGGCGGUGUGCAGUUCGGAGCACUAACUCUGCGACAGCCGUCAUCGGGAGCUCGCAGCCUGGAGGAGAAGAGUACGGAGAGACGCUGUUCGACGCCGAGCUCUUCGUCGUCGUCGUCGUCGUCGUUCUAGCCGUGUCCCAGCCCGGCUCCACACCACGCCCUGCCCCGCGCCCUGAGGACGACAAGAAGUUGUGAGGAAAGCAUGGAUCGCCUUCCUGACGACGCCCUGUUGGAGGUGUUGCUGUGGCUGCCCCCCGAAGACCUCCUGGCCUGCCGGCUGGUUUGCAAGCGGCUCGGCACGCUGGCCAUGCACCCGCACGUCUGGCGGCGGAAGUGUUGUUCGGUGUCGGCUGCUUCGUGCGCCUGUCCAGUGCUGCGCUUAGCGCCGUGUCUGGGCCUCUUACAAGUGACAUUGCCAUUGAAGAACUGCCUCCACCUGUACACCACCAGGUGCGCCGUGUCGAGGCUGGACUUGCUUGUUGACAAGUACAUGAAAGACGCUGCUCUGAUCAUUCAUCGUCAGAGCUUCCUUCUUAGGCUCAAGUCAGUGACGGUCACGCUGGGUCAAUAUCGAGUCGGUCAAUAUUUAACCUUUGACGCCGGCGUCGCAAUAUUGUUCACAACAUUGGCGUCGACGUGUGGGCUGACGUACCUUAAAGUGAGAGCGGAGUUUGGCUCCGGUCUGAGUUUUGACAUGACUCAGUCCUUGCAGAGCAUCGCCGUACCCAGCUCCAUCAAGACAUUUAUCUUUGAAGGUAUCGUACAGCGAGAGGCAACGCACUUCUGUAGCUUUGUGUUGGCAAGGCACGCUGCCACCCUCGAGACACUUCGAAUAUUGUGUUUCCUAUCGGCCUCGACAACUUCCCUGCUGUCUGACCUGCCGAAUCUACGCCGCCUGACCUACGCGAUCAACCCUGGGCAAGAGGCCGUGACCAGCUGCAAACUGCUGAGGAUCCUGACUCUAUCUUUCUGUUCAGAUGAUCGAUCCGUGAAGGAGCUCUUCUGCAAAGCCGAACAGUUGCGGAAGGUCAUACUAAUUUGCCAUUUUAGGCCCACGACUGUCGACGACGUCUUGCCAGAGACAAUUCUUGCCCUCUCCUCGACGCGUGUGGAGAAGUUGUGUAUUUACAUGUCUGUUGCAGUAGGCCAUGCUCUUUCCCAAACUUACAUUGUCCGGCGAGCUGCCCUGUGGGCGUUGGCGCUGCUCUCGGUGUUGCCCCGGCUCCCAGCACUGCAAGAGCUCUCAUUGGAUUGGCACACCGAUGAACUCCUGCGAGGCAUCAAUCCAACGACUGCACCUGCCCUGCGGAUCCUCAGCCUGCACUGCGGGGCUGUCCGGCCAUGCACCCCGGGUCCCGCGCAUCGGGAUGCAUUCAAAUCUCUCUUUUCCGCUAACCCGUCUGUUAAGGUGAAGGUUACCCGCUCUUGCACUAGGUGUUUAUAACUCCAGACGUUGCAAUUUUCCAUAAAAUGGCGCUCCUUAUGACUCAAUUGUGUAAUACCAGGUGGCUGAUUCGCGCCGCGCACUUUCGUAGUUACUGUACGGCACGCACGCAUGCGGGCGGGUUGUCUACUCUCACGGGGCCGUAAGGAGCCGUAGGCAACGAGAAUAUGCAAACCCGCUCGCACCUGCGCAUGCUGCACAGUAUAACUACGAAAGUUGCGCGGCGUGAAUCAGCCACAUAGUAUGUAUUAGUCUGAAAUGUAUUACUUAUUUAGGUAACGACUGCAUUUCCGUGAAGUGUUACGAUUAAACUUGUGUUUCUUUUAAA